AUGUUGAGGGUUAUCAUCUCUUCCACAAUCCUCUUGUUGUCGUUGCUGCUAGCACGACCACCUCCGGCGGACUCCACCGGCAGCCAAUUCGGCCGCCGCAGUUCAGGCCCUUCCUCCGAUGAUGAUGUUUACAUAGUGUAUAUGGGGGAUGCAAACCCAACAAACUUGGCCAUGAAAGAAGCGCGGGGGGAGGCAGAAGAUGACGCGAUCGCCGACGGUGUCCACGUCAUCUCCAUGUCAGUCGGCUCUCGCCAUCUCAAGGAGUUUCUCGAGGACCCACAGGCCAUCGGUGCCUUCCACGCCGUCGAGCAUGGGAUCACGGUCGUUUGUUCAGCCGGAAACAGCGGGCCCCGGCCGUCGACGAUGUUUAAUGGUGCGCCGUGGAUCGUGACAGUGGCCGCCUCCACCGUGGACAGGGAUUUCCGAUCCGACAUCCUCCUCGGUGGAGGCAAAGUUGUAAAGGUACGCCCUCGACGUUGCAUGCAAUAAUAAAAUUAAAUAUUUUAUUUACCACGAGAAAAAUAUAUAUUACCAAUUUACCGUAUAUAUAUUUUCCAAAAACAUAUAUUUAAAUAGAGCUGCUAAUUUCUUUGAAGUUCGAGUUUUCUUUUUCUUUUUUAUUCUUAUGAUUGUCGUAAUUAUUAUAUUUAGUGGUGUCAUUUAAAAUUUAAGUGUCUUGACAAUUGAACCCAAAUUCAUGUGUGUUCAUGUUAAUUCGACCGGAUUAGAAAGACUUGAACCUGGUAGGUGAUCACGAAAUUUGGGUCAAAAGCGAGUUUUGACAACUUUUGUAAUGGGUCGGUUUAGGUGUGAAUUUUGUUAAAUAGUCGAUCUGCUUUCCAUCCAAACCGCUGCUAAAUUGUAAAACAUUUGAUCUGAUUAAAGUGGGUUGAGUUCGAUGUUGAUGUGUUUUGGUUCUUAGAGUUAAAUGAACACACCUAAACUCGGUGUUGUCAAAUUUUCGGUCGAGAGUGUCAGGGUGAUUACCAAGUGACCAUUUCGUUACUAAAUAAAACUUUGAGGGUCUUUUUAAAUUUUUUGUUUGCCUUUGUUUCUUCAACUCUUUCCAGCCACACAAACUUUCUCUUUCCUCUUCUAUUUUAUCCGGGCCAAGAUCAGGUGACUAAGGGGGGUGUCCCUUAGUCAUGUGACUAAGUAAAUCUCCACCCUUCAGCCUCAUUUAAAUCUAAUGGCUCAUAUUAAUUUCAUUUAAUGAAGGACAGGAUAGUAAUUUAAACCGAUUAUUUAUUUAACAAUUUAAAAUAAGACAAAAAUGUGAGUUGAACCCGGCCGCUAUCCUUCCCAUGCUCCCGCCGGCCGUCUGUUACCCAGCGGCGGAUCUAGAACACAGAAGUGCACUGGGUCGCAUUUUAUUAGAAAAUUAGAAUCGUAAAAAUAUAUAUUGAUUAUAAUUUUUUUUACAAUGUAAAUUGUACACGACGGUAUUUUAAUUUAGCUAAUGCAUUAAUAAUGGAGUCCACAUCCAUAU